GCUAGAAACCACAGUCGUAGAACAUUUUUGAAUCUCGGACGCGUAGUGAUCCGGACGCGAAUUUUUGAUAUUAUAUUGUUCACUAUUUUAUUGCAUUGAAAUAUACCAAAAUAUUAUAGCAUGCGACUAAAUUACUAUUUACGCGCGACCGUCUUAUAUACGAUUGUAUAAUAGGUAUACUCAAAUGCACCAGGAUUUAUAACUGUUAUGCUAUWACUAGCUCGGUUAUUAGUGUUACUAUUUCUCCAAAUACAUAAAUAUAUAUAAUGUAUAGAAAAAAUAUAUAUAUUUAUAUUCGAGGGGUUUAACGAAUAACUAAAAAUUAAAACAAUAGGUGUUAGAAACCGUGUGACAGGGUGAAACAAGUGUAAUAUACAGUAAAGUAACGUAUAAAUAACAAAUAACAGUAAAUUAGUGAAAACAUGCGCGUGUACAAUCGGCUAUUGUGCAGAUCGUAAAGUUUCGACUGUUUGGAGUGGAGAAACGGAAUUAAUAUCUACAAAACCGCUAAAAACGAAAUGAAACAAYCUAUGGUUCUAMACCGUACACGAAGCGUACGGCGCGGUGGUACUGCGGCAGUGCGGCGGAUUACAGGCUACAGCUGUUUGGCAGUUUGGCUCAGUGGGGCAAAAAACAGUAGUUCGCCGAUUCAGUGUUUCUUAAAACGUUAACCGCACGAAAAGUAAUAACAAUACGGGACAGCGACACCAUAGAACGUGUUCAACUUACCACUGCGGUCGAAUUUCGUGUGGUGGUUGCCUAAUCAUUAUUAUGCACGUGAAAUAUUAUUAUUGUCACAGAUGCCCAUGAAAAUACAACAGCUGCGUUAUCACUCGACAUCGGACUGAUAAAACGGUUGUUUUGUUCUUGAGGGAGGCCGGUUUCUCGUCGAUUGUUGUCAGACGCCGAGUAUUGAUUGAAUUUUGUGUCACAGCUUGAUAUUAACCGUUACUGGUGCAAUGGCACGAUAGUUAUUAUCGAUGGAAAACUCUGACCAAGAGACUUUGGCCACGGCCGCUUUAGCAAUGCCAGCAUUGUCGACUUCAACAGAAGUGGAUGUGAACGAACGCCCAGCAAAAAAGAAAAAGCUUUACAAACAGCAUUUUUUGGCCCUCUUGGAACGAUGCGAAAUCAUACAGCAGGAUAAUGAACGUCUAGUUCACAGGAUACAUCAAGUGGCCAAACAGUUGAGACGGAUCCGAUUGGAGCGAAGGUUUAUCAUGGAUCGAUUAGACUCACACAAAGACAACUGGAGAGAAGCUGAAUUGAAAAUAGAUCUAGGAACUGAUUUCCCUUUGGGAGGAUUUCCAGGAAUAGUCAAGGAAGAKAUAUGCUUGACUGGGUUUCAAUGGUUUAAGAGGUUGUCAUAG